AUGCCUUCAUUAAAACAAUUAUUAAGUACAGGUGGUUUACUUCUAUCAGUAAGUAUAUGUUUAAUUGUAACAGUAUGUGUUGGCAUAGCAAUAGCUAUUGUUCUAUCUCUUAUCCCAACAUAUACAUCAACAAAAGAUCUAACACCGACUGGAGAAACAUACUGUAUUAACAAUUUAUUACUCUAUGCAACACUUAAUACAAGUUCUGCAGCUACAGCUGGAACUGCAGUAUCUGCUGGUUAUCCAUUAAAUCAAGCGUGUUAUCGAUUAUUACAACAAUAUCAAAGUGAUACAUUGAUUCAACUUUGUUCUCUGUCAAAUUGUAUUCUUGCAAAUGCUACAACUGCAUUAACAUAUUCUUUAUCAUACAUAUCAUGUUCAGCAACAAUUUAUUAUUCAACUCGAUGUAGUCAAAGUUCAUCAUCUGGUUUAAAUAAUACUGUUUCAUCAUCAGGAAAUAGUCGAUGUCGAACAAAACGAAUGAGUAACAUUAAUGGUGCAUUGGGAUCAACAUGGACAAAUCAAUAUACAAAUGUACCUUCAGUUAUCAUUUCGAGUUCAACAGCUACUAUUUCUAAUCUUACAACUGUACCUUUUUCGAAUUAUACACAAACUGGAACAUAUUAUUGUGGAAGUGUCACUCAAUCGGCAAUUACCGCAGCUAUUAGUAAUCAAACUAUUGGAUAA